GACAUUAAACCCGCUAAUUUGAUGCUAUCCACGCUGCUCUACUCUGCAGGUACAAAGCUGGGAAUGGGCCGUUGAGUAUCCAUUGAUGGAAUCAAGAUGACCUCGCGUCUAGUCCUGGUCAUUGGGGACCUAUUCAUUCCUGACAGGGCUCCGGAUAUUCCUGCACGAUUCAAAAAACUCCUUACGCCAGGAAAGAUCGGCCAGAUCCUAUGUCUAGGCAACCUCACAGACCGCGACACGUUUGAAUUCUUCCGACAGAUCGCCCCGGACCUACAGCUCGUCAAAGGUGAUUUCGAUGUCGAUUCUCCGAAUCUCCCUUUGUCCAAAGUCGUGACACAUGGAAGUCUUCGUAUCGGAUUCACCCAUGGCCAUACCAUAAUCCCACCCGGCGAUGCCGACGCUUUGCUCAUUGCAGCCCGACAGAUGGAUGUCGACGUUCUCCUUUGGGGUGGCACGCAUCGCUUCGAGGCAUUUGAAAUGGAAGGUCGAUUCUUUAUUAACCCGGGAAGUGCAACUGGUGCGUUCAGUACAGGCUAUUUCCCGGAUGGGCAGGAGCCGAUUCCGAGCUUCUGCUUGAUGGAUGUACAAGGAGAUGUGUUGGUUCUGUACGUUUACCAGCUCAAGACCGACGCCAACGGUGCCGAAACAGUGGCUGUUGAGAAAGUAUCUUUCCGCAAGCAAGGUGUCGCCGCAUCUUGAUUUUUGAUUGUAUUUGUUAUGUUGAAUAGAUACCUACGUUUGCAAAUUAUGACUCGUACCGUGUUUGUAUAGUAUAUACUAUAUAUGUAGAUAAUCCUACGCCAAUCGAUC